GAUUUUGUCCUAUUCAUCGUAUCCUUUUCCACCAUACUGGUUCAGGCUGCAGCUGACCCCUUCUCAGAUCCCAGGUCAGCAUUCCUACUCUGAGUGUGGCUAUGGGCUGAGGUCAGAGCGACGUGUUGGCGGAACGAUUGUGAUUGAACUAAAGUUGGAGCAGGAAAAACUGGCGCGACGUACCACUGCGUCUGACGUCAUCUUUAUGACUCUUCGCUAAGCGUGCCCUUAACCUUGUUUGCCACAUUUUGUUUUACACCAUUCUGGUUUGAAUUUCUGUCCGAUUUCAUCAUGUCUCUUGCUGCAGAGGCAUUCGUCUCCCAGAUAGCAGCUGCAGAGCCAUGGCCUGAAAAUGCCACCUUGUAUCAGCCUCUGAGAGAGGAUCAGAUACUACUAUCAGAUUGUGCAUCAUCACUUGCUGUACAGGCUUAUCUGAGGAUGUGCAAUCUGCCUGUUCAUGUGUCCUGUCGGUCAAACGCAGAGUACAUGUCCCCAUCUGGUAAAGUCCCCUUUGUUCAUGUGGGAAAUCAGGUCGUGUCUGAGCUAGGGCCCAUAGUCCAGUUUACCAAGGCAAAGGGUCACUCCCUCAGUGAUGGUCUGGAUGACGUUCAGAGGGCUGAAAUGAAAGCUUACAUGGAGCUGGUCAACAACAUGCUGCUCACCGCUGAGAUCUCCAGGCCGAGAUACAGCAGCCCAUACUCCUGGCCCCUCAACCAAAUCCUGGCCUAUCAGAAGCAGUGGGAGGUCCGUCGUAAGAUGAAUGCCAUUGGCUGGGCAGGGAAGAGCCUGGAGCAGGUUUAUGAAGAUGUUAGCCAAUGCUGUCAAGCUCUUUCCCAGAGGCUGGGCACACAGCCAUACUUCUUCAAUAAGCAACCCACUGAGCUGGAUGCACUGGUGUUCGGCCACCUCUUCACCAUCCUGACCACACGACUCACCAGCGACGAGCUGGGCGAGAAGAUCAAGAGCUACAGCAACCUGCUGGCCUUCUGCCGCCGCAUCGAGCAGAGCUACUUCGAGGACAGCCAAGCUGGCUCCUCGUCCAGAGGCUAUUCGAAAGGCCCCUCCCUCUUUUGAUGCCCAACAGUCCCAUUCCAUCUCCAUCCCAUCCUAUCCUACCCCAUUCCCAGUCCUCCUUUCUCCACUUGCUUGCCUGUGAAUGCCAUGAACUGGAAGUAUGACUUUCUUGAAAAUGUAGUGGUGAUUCUUUGAUGUAGAAACAAAAUGAAAAGCAAUUGUGAUUUAUUUUUUCCAGAUUGUGCAUUUUAUUUUUAUUUUUUUCCUGGUUUGAUAUUUGAAUGGAAAGUGCCUACAAAAAUACAAUUCCAUACACAACUCUUAUUCUUCACAAUUUAUGGUUUCUAUUUAGAAGUCUGAGCUUAGUAUUUAAACAAGUUAAGUAUGAAAUUCACAGAUGUACCAUGUUAUUAUCAUGCUUGUGGAAAACCUUGAAGCACGUUCAAGAAUUACAAAUAAAAAGUGAAAUUAA